AUGAAGGUUUCCGCUACCAUCGCUGCCGGCGCCCUCGCCGUUGGCGCCUCGGCCAAGAACUACCUUGGUUUCAACUCCGGUGCCACCCUCGCCGACCGAUCCGCCAAGUUCAAGGCCGACUUCAAGGCCGAGUUCGAGACUGCCCAGGGUCUCAAGGGCGCCCCCGGUGACUUCAGCGCCGUCCGACUCUACACCAACAUCCAGGCCUACUCUCAGGAUGACCCCAUCGAGGCUUUCGAGGCUGCCAUCGAGACUGACACCUCCAUCCUCCUCGGUGUCUGGGCCUCCGGAACCGACAACAUUGACAAGGAGAUCAGCGCCCUGAAGAAGGCCGUUGCCAAGUACGGCUCUGAGCUUACCGACCUCAUUAUCGGUGUCUCCAUCGGUAGUGAGGAUCUCUACCGAAACUCGGUCACUGGUGUCAAGAACAAGGGUGGUGUCGGUGUCGACCCCGAUGUCCUCGUCGACUUCAUCGACGACUUCCGCACCGCCUUCAAGGGCACCCCCAUCGCCAAGGUUCCCCUCGGCCACGUCGACACCUGGGACGUCUGGGGCAACGUCACCAACAAGCCCGUCCUCGACGCUAUCGACUUCAUCGGUGUCGAUGAGUACCCCUACUACGAGAACGACAAGGGCAACAGCAUCGAGAACGCUGGCAAGCUCUUCGACAAGGCCUACGAGGCCACCAUUGCUGCCGCUGGCGGCAAGCCCGUCUGGGUCACUGAGACUGGUUGGCCCGUGACUGGUCCCGACUGGGAUGAGGCUGUCCCCAGCGUCAAGAACGCCCAGAAGUACUGGCGUGAUGUUGGCUGCCGCCGCCUCUUCAACCAGACCCCCACCUUCUGGUACACUCUCCGUGACUCCAACCCCGACAACAAGAUGAAGUUCGCCAUCACCAAGGACCUGUCCACCAACCCUCUCUUCGACCUGUCUUGCGAGGGCUACGAGGAGGAGGAGACCGAGACCACCACCAAGGCCUCCACCAAGACCCGCACCAGCGGUUCUUCCAAGGCUACCGACACUGAGGAUGCCGAGGCCACCGAGUCCACCAGCGCUGCCCACAACAACUCCACUGCCACCGCUACUGGCACUGGCUCUGGCCACGACUCUACCAAGACUGCCACUGGCACUGGUGUCUACUCUACUCCCACCGCUGGCUCUGGCUCCGGCUCUGGUUCUGGUUCCGACUCUGAGUCUGGCUCCGGUUCUGGCUCUGGCUCUGGUUCCUCCGGCUCUGGCUCUUCUGAGUCUGGUUCUGGCUCUUCCGGCUCCGGCUCUGAGUCUGGCUCUGGCUCCGGUUCUGGCUCCGGCUCUGAGUCCGGCUCUGCUCCCGCCGAGACCCCCAGCGCCGUCGUCAACGGUGCUUCUGGCCUCAAGGUUUCGGCGGCUGGCCUCGCCAUCGUCGCCGCCUUCUUUGCUCUGUAA